CUGUACAAAAUCACGAUGAGAACGGUCACCUCGUCGCCAAUCGGAAUGCUGUGGGAAAUCCUUAUGCUGAUAAUAACUGCGCAUGCCUUGGGUCGAGAUGUUCCGGCGCAGGAUUCGGAUGUAGCACCUAUACUAGGGCAAUUGAUAGCAUCAUCACCGUCAUCGACGGUUUCAGCUAGUAAAAGUGAUGAUCUCACUGGAAAAAGCGUAGUAGUGAACUGGAAGCUGACCUGCCAACAACUCUGCAGUGAAGGCUACGGAGGACCAGCCUGUGGGCUGUCCUGCCUGCAACAGAAUGCUACCAACGGAGCCAACAGAAUCAAACUAACAACAGUAGCACGGAACGAAGUUUGUUCAACACUUUGUGUAAAUGGGCUCGGUUUGCGAAAAUGUGGCUGUGCGCCAAAGCUGCCCCCACAUAUCGCCCACGAUCAUGAUGGUGUGUGCAAUGCAUUUUGUGCGACUGCUAAAAUUCAACUGAACGGAUGCAGUCAAUGCACUGGAGAACAUUUUUCAAAUUCGACCACAGAUCCCGACAUCAAAACAACAACGCCGAAUUGGGAUGAUCUGUGCACGAUUUGGUGUAAAAUGGGUGAAGGCGGGACAUUAUGCAAUUGUGAUUUACCUCCUUUUGUUUAGGAUUGUGGAUAAAUGCUAUUCUGAAUAAUUGUUUAGGAUUACGAUAACACUAUUUUAAUUAACAUAAUCGGUAAGUUAUAAAUUUGUUCUCGUUAUUGACGAUGAAGAUCAGGAGUAGUAAAUUUAAAUCAAAACAUAUCGAAAGGAAACAACACUGCAUGUUUUCUUAUCAUUGUUUAUUAAUGUGUUGUUCCAUUUGAUUUGAAAGUUACAAUCAUUUAUGGUUUAUUUUAAUAAAAUACAAAAUUACAACACAAAAAACAAAGGGCUUCCAAACAAAUGUCAUUUCAAGGGAAAUCUUUCGCAGUAGUGUAUAAAGUAUGAAGAUAUCCUUCAUUCAUGACUUCAUUCAACUAGAAUUGGUUAGUUACAAUGUGUCCUCACAGUAUUGGUUGAUUAUUAAUUAUCUUUCAAUUUCCGGUCGAAAAUUGAACGAAAUGAACUCCAUUCGAAUAGAGACAUCUCUAUCAAAAGUCAAUUUUUUAGUAUAAAUUCUAUGAUGAGACUGUUUGAGUUGUUUUCAAAAAUCGACAGGAAGUAGUGUUUUAGUUCGAAAAAUCUAAAUAACUACAUAUAUCUGUACAUAGGUGCAUUCUUAUACAUUUGAGCCAGUAACAUCAACCACAAAAUCAAUUUGGUAGAAAAUACCACCUAUUGAAUCAUCAAAUUCAAAGAAUGAAUAAGCUGCUGCAAAAGACAAUAAAUAAUAAUAAAGCAAGCUAUAAAGAAAAGUACGAAUAGUUCGAAAGUAAGAAAGAAUUGAAAUAAUAAAUUUGUAUGUUGUUAAGCCGAACAGAGUUGAAUUUCACAGUCUCUAACACAAAUAAAAAGCUGCGAGCUGAUUAACAGCAAAUGCCAAAUGACGACCUACAACAACCAAGGUGAUAAACGAAUUUCGCCGUAAUUUCGAUUGUUCUCAUCAGACAACCUAAAAAUGUAACAGAUUAAUAAACUUUCGUGUACUGUAUGUUUAUGCAACUAUUUAACACGUCGGUAAGGUAAAUUAUAAUAAUCCUUCUAUUAUCAGAUAUCUGUUAUGUAGAGAUUGAAAAUGUACACUAGCAAAUACAACGCUGAAAUGCAAUGACAUUGAGACAAUAAACGGCAUAAUGUCUAACCAUACUAUUGGGUAAUAAUAACAUAGAAAUAAACUGCUUGUUUGGACCUAGA